AGACGGUGUCAGUAUCGAGCUGUAAAUGCUGGUGCACCGGAAGUGAGGUUUCCCUGCUCUCAUUGUGUUGUGGUGAUUAGCGUUGUGUGUUUUGACAUUUAACAUUUUCAUUUAUAAACGUGAUUUUGUCAGGGAUUUGAUAUUAUUUUCUUCAGACUUUAUGCUUUGUGUGCAUAUUUACAGCCGGGGAGGAGAAAAGUGUCUUCCUUCAUCAACUGUAGCGUGUAUUUACACUGAGAGUUAACGAUAGAAAUUAAACAGAGUAUUAUAGAGUUGAUCAUAACUGUAGAAAUGAGUUUAGCGAACAGCAGAGAGCAGCGCAGCACUGCGGGAAACCGCAUGUCGAAACUACUGGACGCUGAAGAGGAAGAUGAGUUUUACAAGACCACAUAUGGAGGAUUCAAUGACGAGUCAGGUGAUGACGAGUACAGAGGCGAUCACUCAGACACUGAGGAUGAGGUGGACAGUGAUUUUGACAUCGAUGAAGGAGACGAGCCCGACAGCGACCAGGAAGAUGACGCCCCGCGCAGGAAGAGCCGCGUCGUCACUAAAGCGUACAAGGAGCCUCUGAAGGUCUCGAAGCCCAAAGUCAAGCGAGUGACUGAAGAAUUAAAGACUGAACGACCCAAAAUUGAGAGGCGCAUCAUUCAAGAGCUGCAGGAGUUUGGAGAAAUGCGUAAGUCGGUGCGUAAGUCGACGAGCGAACACACGCGCAAGACGAACGAGCGUCUCCAGGAGCGGCAGCAGGAAGCGCCGCGGAAGAGGAAAGGCGCGUCGAGUGAUCGAGUGCUGACGCAGGACGAGCUGCUCGCCGAGGCCAAACUCACCGCUGAGAUCAACCUGAGAUCGCUGGAGAACUAUGAGCGCUUAGAGGCGGAUAAGAAGAAGCAGGUCCAUAAGAAGAGAAAGUUUGAAGGGCCGACGAUCCGCUAUCACUCGGUGCUGAUGCCGCUGAUGCCCGACGCUCACAUGAAGGAGGAGAACGUGGAUGUGGAAGGGCUGGACCAGGACACGCCCCAAGCCACACCCACUUCCUCUUCCUCUGCACAGGGGGCGGGGUCUCUGUGCUCACGCACUUACAUCACCUUCAGCGACGAUGAUGCAUUUAACUCCGCCUUCCCGCAGACGGCUCGCUCCAGCCCGCCGCAGCCCGUUCAGGAGGUGUGUCCCGUUACUCAUAAACCCGCGCUGUAUCGCGACCCCGUCACGGACAUCCCGUACGCCAACGCCCGAGCCUUCCGCAUCAUUCGCGAGGCUUACCAGAAAUACAUUGCGGCGCACGGCUUUCCCAACGCUUCCGGAAGCUUUAGCGGAAACAGUGACGUGAGUGAUUCACCGGCAGCAGCUGCAAACAAGAGCGCGCGGCCGAAAGCCGUCGUCAAACAGGCCGUAGCCGCCACCUAGAGGAGCAGAUGACUGUGAUACAUGUGUUCAAACGCACAUCACUCAGGCUUGACUGUGUUUGAGGAGGAUUUUUGAGACUGUAAAGUGUCUGUAAUCUCAUGACUCCAGCUGAAUUAAGCUGAUCUGAAGACUGUAACACACAUGAUCACCAGCACCAGCUCUCACGUUUCUUAUCUUCUGAGUUCUUCUUUUGUAUUUUUCUAGGUGUUUGUUAAAAAAAUUGCAAUAAAAGCAUAGCAAUAAA